AAUCAUAAUUUUUUUGUCUGAAUUCUCUUUCUAAGAUCGUACUCAAAAGUGUUGUUUGUCAAUAGCAUAUAUGUGUUACUGGGUGAAUUUAUCAUAUCUUUCCAUGUCAUAGGAUUAUUAUAGCCACUCAUGUCAUAGGAUUUUUAUAGCCACUGAAAUGUAAUAUACGUUUAAUUGAAUGAUUAUCAACAUGAGUAGUUUAUAAAUUUUUGGAUAUAUGGCAUUCAUUAGGCAUAGCCAAUAAUUUCUAUAUGCCGAACUAAUUAUUUCCAGUGAUCAUAAAAUUUUCAGAUCUACCGAUUCUACCCUCAGUUUAUGUACCAUUGGACUCCAACAAGGCAGACCUUUCUUCAAGUAAAAAAUAAAAAUAAAAUAAAAUAAAAAAAUAAUAAUAAUAAUAAUAAGGAAUCCAAUUACUAAGAUAAUAUGCAGGACAAUUUAGACCAAUCUAUAUUUAUAAUUGAUGCAGGCAUUGGCAAUAAGAUUUUUUUUUUUUUUUCCUAUGCAUUAGGUGCAAGGAUUUUUUAUUGUAUAGUAGAUCAUUGAAAUUUUCCUAAUUCUUGCAUGUAGACAUCAUUAGUGUUGCUGACUACAUUCUAGUUGUGGAGAAGGAAUCAGUAUUUGAGCGAUUAGCUAAUGACCACUUCUGCAAUGCAAAACGUUGCAUUGUCAUCACUGUAAGCUCUUCCUUAAGUCAUUAGGCAUUUCAAAAUCCUUUUUGACCAUUUUUUCCACAGGGAAGAGGCUAUCCAGAUAUCCCCACCAGAAGGUUUUUGCGGCUGCUCAUUGAAAAGUUGUGUCUACCUACCUAUUGUUUGGUCGAUUGUGAUCCAUAUGGCUUCGACAUUCUGACCACAUAUCGGUUUGGUUCAAUGCAAAUGGCCUAUGAUGCAAAGCAACUGCGUUGCCCAGAGGUAUGCUGGCUUGGAGUUUUUCCUUCGGAUUCUGAGAAAUACUGUCUUCCACAGCAAUGUUUCCUUCCUCUGACAGCAGAAGACAAGAAGAAAGCUGAAGCUAUGCUAAAUAGAUGCUACCUGCAAAGAGAAGUCCCAAGAUGGAGGUUGGAACUAGAGUUGAUGCUGCAAAAAGGGGUGAAAUUUGAGAUUGAAGCAUUGUCUGUGCAUUCACUAUCCUUUUUGUCAAAAGAGUACAUAACAUCUAAGAUUCAAGGUAUAGGAAGAAGUCUAGUCAAAUAGAGCCCAAGUACUCUCUUUUGGAUCCAAGAAACAGCCCUUAGAGAUCUUUUUUCCUUUUGGAAGAUACAAGAGCAAAACACAACCUAUUGAUAUUGGAAGAGCCAAAAGAGUUACAAUGUAUCAUUUCUGGGUCCAAUGAAAUUCUUAGGUAUAGGAAGAAGUCUUAUCAAAUAGAGAUUUCUUCUCACAA